AUGGCCUUCUGCCAGCGGCUUUCUUCAUGUUCAAGCUCGUGCUUGCGGGCAUGGGGUUUGCGCAUCUUGAGUCUCUGUGCCAUGGUCUCGGCUCCGGGCUUCACCAAGGGGCCGGCCUGGCCCAAACCAGCACUGCGCCCGGCACGCCAGGUCUGCAAGGCGCAGGUGGGAGAUGGACCUUCCAUGGACGUUCCUCUGUCCUAUGCCUUGUGGCCAGUCGCGGUCCGCUUGGCAAGCAUUCGAAAGGCUGUGAAAGGACAGAAAGUAGCCAGGAAGCAGCUUCAGCGCAACUUGCAAAGGGCGCAGCAAGAAGGAGAUCCACCAGAUGCAGGCCAGGUUGAGCUCCAGGAGCUCGAGGACAUCGACGACUUGGAAGAGAUGGACGAGGAUGUGGAAGACUUCGUGGAUCUAGACGAUGCCGAACUCGCGAGAUCCGCCACCUCACUUGAGGGCCAGAGCUUCUUCCAGGAAGGCGACCUGGACCAGGAGCUGCGCAUGGCAGCGCAGAUGUUGCCCGAAGAGGGGAUCUUCGAUCAGGCUGGCAAAAGCCUCAGUCGCGCAGCUGUGGUCGAGGCUUUGCUGAGUCAGUCGUCGAGGUCCUGGACAUGUGACGUAGAACGGAAGCCUGCCAUCCUCGAGGACCGACCAAAUCCUGACGGCAGCUUUGUCGCGGUGCUGGCGCAUGGAUUGGAGAGUGUGGUCGAACUGCGCGGCAGGUUGGUCCCCCUGUCCGCCCUGCCGGCAAAACAGCGCCGAGCGCUCCGACGCGUUGUGCAGCCGGGCGAGGUAAACUGGAAGGCAUUGCCGCCGUUUGUCCCAGCUCAUGAAGACAAGCGCUUGGAGAGAUUGGCUUUGGACAGCGAUUGCCGAUACUUUUCCAGCACAUCCUCUCUGACAGGGCUUCUGUCGCGGUGCUACUUCGCAAUAUCGCAGCACCGCCAGUUCGACCCUUGUGGCCUCAGCAAAGGAUACCGCAGCAGGCCGAGAAGCUUCAGCCCCAGCACUCGAUGGCCGGCAGUCUCAUAUCUUCGCCGAGCCUCUGGCUCAUUGUGGUCCCUGACUGCAGCGAAAGAGGACCCUGAGGACAAGACGGUGCUGCUGGAUUUGGGGAAGUCGAUGGAAUACCAGCUCACGAUGUCGAAGAACGAUUUCGAUGAGCGAUUCCUGAAGACAGGAGGUACAAGCACCGAAGUGUCCUCCACAGAGCAGAAGAAGGACAACCAGGCCUACAGAUUCUUGAAGGUGGGCCGGCUAAUGAUGCGUUCACAGCUGGAUGCCAUCUACCAGGGCUUUGUUUUCGAUGUCAAGACCCGUGCUGUGAGUGCGGUGAGGCAUGAUGCGCAGAAUUAUGAGAAGCGGCGGAAAUAUCGCAUCACCAGGAUCUUCGGUGCUCGCAACAGUUACGAGCUGGAAAUCUAUGAGAUGAUGCGAAAUGCCUUCAUGAAGUAUGGGUUCCAGGCCAAGAUUGGCCGCAUGGAUGGUGUCAUCGUGGCCUAUCACAACACGUCCGAAAUUUUCGGCUUCCAGUACAUUCCGCUGGCAGACAUGGAGCGUUGCAUUUACGGCGGCCGCGAGGCUGCCGAUGUGGCUUUCGACCUGAGUGUCAAAGUCUUGCAAACAUUGCUGGACUUUCUGACCCAGGACGAAGACCUGGCAAAGUAUGGGACUAUCAAGAUGAGGGUCUCAUGCGAGGAGAGUGCAAACUCAGACUUGGGAAACGCGCUAGAUGUGUCUGCAGCUGCGGUCCUGAAAGAAGGCGAGGAAGCGGAAGUUGAUGAGCUUGGGACGGCUCGGCACUUCCGCCUUCUGGUGAAUACGUUCCAUGGGGACGGGACCCGGCGCAAGGCGGACGAGGCCUUGCAGACUGGCGACUAUGUCGAAGUGACCUUUACGGAGGUCGUUGUCAAUGCCUUCCUCGAGAAACGAGGCGAGUCAGGGACGACGCAAGCCCAGGAAGAGUGGUCUCCAUGGCAGGCUUUGGAUGACCUUGCUUCUGCAAUCCAGCGUGUCUUCCAGGGAGGCGAAGAGAAAAGGCUCCUUGUGGAAGUAUGGACUGGCCAUCUUCUUCUGAUUCUGCUUAUCCUUCCUAUUCACCAUGCGACUGCUCCGGCCAACCUGCCGAAUCGUGCCUUCAGGUACCGCACAUAUCGCCAAACACACGAUUUCUUCCGAGACCUUCGUCGACGUCAUCCGAACCUCGUAGAGCUUUGGUUUGCGCAGGAUCUUUUUCCGGAGAUUCUUCCUCAGAAGAAGUCCUGGGGAACCUGCGAGGGCGAGGCAUGCAAGACACUCAUUGUGCGCAUCGCCAACAAGCAGCUGCUUUCCGACUCCACUCCAGAGGUUUUCUUCAGUGGAGCACUACACGGAGAUGAAAGGAUUGGUCCGGCGACUGUCUGUGAGCUGGCGAAUUUCCUUUGCGAGCAGCAUGCGGCAAAUCACGCAGAGGUAACACGACUGGUCGAUGGGCGAUCCACGUGGCUCAUGCCAAUGACGAACGCACAUGGCUAUGCGAACUACAAGAGGGAGGAGAAUGGCAUGGAUCCAAACCGAGACUUCCCGUAUUUGCAGAUGCCUCAGCGAUGCAUGCAGACGCAGACCGCUCGAGCGGUGAACGAGCUGUUCCGCCGCCAUCUCUUCCAGUUCAGCAUCACCUUUCACGGCGGCAUGCGGGCCCUCACCUAUGAAUGGGGAUCGAAAAACCACUUGGUGAAAAUGAAGUCGACGGAGUCUCCUGAUGAGUCGGCCUUCAGACAGGUGGGUGAGUCUAUUCGCGAAGCUGCCGGGAAGACCUCCAAAAACCGAUGGUUCUAUCCCCUCGGCCCGAUCAAUGACUUGGUAUACCCCGUGGAUGGAGGCAUGGAGGACUGGUCCUAUGCAGCUGGCUUCGAGAACUCUCCUCGGCCCAUCACGGUCUGCCAACCGACCACAUAUGGUGGUUACCCCGAGGACCGUACAAGGUAUCGCAAAGAUAGCAUCAGUACUCUCAUGUAUUUGGCAGAAAUGGACGACAAGAAAACGGCACAAGAGGCGACUCUUGGGCACACUUCGGAGAUUUGGGCAGCCGCCGUUUCGCAGGGCCACGUACCACGAAACCUUCGAAUGUGUUUGAAGCUGAUUGAGCUGGCACGGCCGGAAGUUGUGGUGCAAAGCGUGCGGAUACCGCGAGACCCAGGCCCGGGUACAGCCGUCGCCGUCGAGGCUUUCGGCUUCGGCUGCAGCCAGCUGACGGCGAGGCUUCUCGUGGCACCGAAUGCCCACAUCCCACAAUGCAAUGUUGGUUUGGACAGCGGUGCAGCCUUGGAGGACAGCACGUUUCGAGAGCUGCUCGAGCUCGAAACUAAGGCCAAGCAGAUUGCCACGGUGAACUUCAGAUGCCAAGGGCUGACGCUCUGGGGCACUCCGAGAGCAUCUUUCCGUCUUGAGGGCAAACUGCCCGCGGAUGUCAGCGGCGAGGUGUGUCUCCUGAUAGCGGCUGAGUUUGAUAGCCAAUGGGGCCACCAGGUGCAUCCAGAUCCGUCGGUGAAGCCUCGAUCACAUGCCGCCCGCCUUCGAUUGGAGGAGCGAUACGAAGCGAAGGCAAGUGAUGGACAAAAUCUGAUCCGAGCGCGUCGCACCAAACUGUUCGCUGCUGAGCCGACCCCACUCCUGUUGAAAGAGUACAUGCAGGCGGCGGAGGUGCAACCCGUUUCGAGUACUCACUCGCCGUCUUCAGAGGUGCCGGUUGCCACGACGCAUCCACCGAAGGAGCCAGCGUCAAUGUCGACAUCGCGUGCAGCGCACGCAACGACAUCCUACCUCCGACAUGCUCCACCGACAGCUCCGCCGGAAGAAACCGGUGGGCUGACAAUACCUUUGUAUGCCAUCGCUACAAUUUCGUUCGUCAUUUCUUUGUCCUGUGGUUUCAUGGUGCUGGUCAACCCGCAUUCACAGGCACGACAGGGCAAAGCGAAUGUGCACGACGCUAUCAGUGAAGCCGAGCUUGCAAAGAUGGUAG